CUCUCUCGCCGAUCGCCGACUCUCGGCACUUCGAAUUCCACUUUCAUACGGCGAAUUUCAGGCGACAUAUUCGUGAAGGUUAAUUUAUGAAAGCAAUAAUAUAGCUAGAAGAUCAAGAGUGAACUAUGAGAACUACCGGAAGUGAGAAUCCAAAUGGUCCAAAUUUCACUCCAAGACCUGCUACUACGCCUUUUGCUGCUCCUCAGAGUGCAACACCUUUUUUAGCAUCUGGCCCUGUGGCUGGAUCAGGGGCUUCUGCUUUUCGGCCUACCGUGCCGACUGGCUCCCAGCCUAGUACACCUUUUUUGUCAUCUGGGCCUGUUGUUGGAUCACAAGCCUCUGGGUUUAGAUCUAGACCGCCAGGUAUUUCUAACAAUCCAUCUGUGCCCCCUCCACCAACAUCAUAUGACCCACCAGCUACAGGACCUUAUCAGCGUUUUAUGACACCACAAUCUCCCUUAGCAGGUCCAGCACCUCCUGCAUACGCAUAUCCUGUGGGGCAGCCAGUUUUGCCCCCACCAGUUCAACCUCCUGCAGGCCAUGUUUCAUCUCCGCCAGUUUCCUUUUAUGCACAGCCCCAGAUACCAUUGGUGCCUAUGGGAUCACCACCUCAGAACUUGAACACUGUGCCAUCAGGCAUGAAUGUUCCUCAGGCAUCAGUACAAUCAUCAUUCGCUAGUCCCAGGCCAAACUUCCAGCCACCUUCACCGCCAAUGGGAUCUUCUUAUCCUGCUGCCAGAGGCAGUUUUCAGUCAUCUUUCCCUGGUUACCCUAAUAAGCAACAUAAUGCAGCUCCACCUGUUCAGUCUGCAGCCUCUCUUGCUCAGCAAGGGGGUUAUGCUCCACACCAAUCAACAACAUCUACCCCUUUUCUUACUCAUCAAGGAGGUUAUACCCCCUUUCCAUCAGUUGCAAACCCAUUAGGUCCAUAUCCAAGGGAACAAAUUCAGUAUCCUGGCUCUGCACCUCCUAUGGGAGCUGUGCAGGGGAUGGUAGAAGACUUCAAUUCGCUUUCCCUUGGGUCUGUUCCAGGAUCAUCUGAUCCAGGACUUGAUUUCAAAGCACUGCCAAGGCCCUUGGAUGGUGAUGUGGAGCCGAAUUUGUUAGCUCAGAUGUAUCCUUUGAAUUGUGAUUCUAGAUAUCUACGGCUUACAACUAGUGCGAUACCGAAUUCUCAGACUCUGGCCUCAAGGUGGCAUUUGCUUCUUGGAGCAGUUGUUUGUCCUCUGGCUGAAGCUCCUGAUGGGGAGGAAGUGCCAGUUGUUAAUUUUGCCACAACUGGGAUCAUUCGUUGUAGAAAAUGCCGCACAUAUGUGAACCCAUAUGUGACGUUCACAGAUGGUGGAAGAAAGUGGCGGUGCAACAUAUGUGCUUUGCUGAAUGAUGUUCCGGGUGAUUAUUUUUCCCAUUUGGAUGCCAGUGGCAGAAGAAUUGAUUUGAAUGAACGGCCUGAGCUUACCCAAGGUAGUGUGGAAUUUGUUGCUCCGGCUGAAUACAUGGUGCGGCCUCCAAUGCCGCCACUCUAUUUUUUCCUCAUCGAUGUAUCAAUAUCUGCUGUUAAAAGUGGAAUGCUUGAGGUAGUGGCACAGACUAUUAAGUCUUGUUUGGACAGGUUGCCUGGCUGCCCCAGAACACAGAUUGGGUUCAUUACCUUUGACAGCACGUUACAUUUUUACAACAUGAAGUCAUCUUUGAUGCAGCCUCAAAUGAUGGUGGUUUCAGAUCUGGAUGAUAUAUUUGUUCCAUUGCCUGAUGAUCUCCUUGUCAAUUUAUCAGAGUCAAGAAAUGUGGUCGAUGCAUUUCUUGAUAGCUUACCAUCCAUGUUUCAGGAUAAUGUAAAUGUAGAAUCUGCUUUUGGUCCAGCUCUUAAAGCCGCAUUCAUGGUUAUGAACCAACUUGGUGGUAAAUUGUUGAUUUUCCAGAAUACACUGCCCUCACUUGGUGUUGGCCGCCUAAGGUUGCGUGGAGAUGAUCACCGUGUUUAUGGAACGGAUAAAGAGCAUGCAUUAAGAAUAGCAGAAGAUCCAUUUUACAAACAGAUGGCAGCUGAUUUUACUAAAUAUCAGAUAGCGGUGAAUGUCUAUGCAUUCAGUGACAAGUAUACUGAUGUAGCCUCCCUAGGAACUCUGGCAAAAUAUACUGGUGGUCAGGUAUAUUAUUAUCCAAACUUCCAAUCUGCCAUUCACAAAGAGAAGUUGGGGCAUGAGUUAGCCAGGGACCUUACAAGAGAAACUGCCUGGGAAGCUGUCUUGCGUAUAAGAUGUGGAAAAGGGGUGCAUUUCACAUCUUAUCAUGGGAACUUCAUGCUAAGAUCCACUGAUUUGUUAGGACUUCCAGCUGUAGACUGUGAUAAAGCUUACGCAAUGCAAUUACGUCUUGAAGAAACAUUAUUGACAACUCAGACUGUAUAUUUCCAAGUCGCUUUAUUAUACACGUCAUCUUCUGGAGAAAGGCGUAUUAGAGUACAUACAGCCGCGGCACCUGUGGUUGCAGAUCUAGGGGAGAUGUACCGCUAUGCUGAUACUGGGGCCAUUGUUUCUUUGUUUUCUAGGCUAGCGAUAGAGAAAAGUCUGUCUUCGAAACUGGAGGAAGCUAGGAACUCGAUUCAACUAAGGAUCGUCAAAGCCCUCAGAGAAUAUCGUAAUCUAUAUGCUGUACAGCAUCGCUUAGGGGGCAGGAUGAUAUAUCCAGAAUCACUUAAGUUCUUGCCUUUGUAUGGAUUGGCAAUAUGUAAAUCAACUGCCCUACGUGGUGGAUAUGCUGAUGCACAGCUUGAUGAACGCAGUGCUGUUGGACACACCAUCAUGGCUUUACCUGUUAAAAGAUUGUUAAAUCUUCUAUAUCCAAAUUUGAUUAGGAUAGAUGAGUACCUUAUAACAACAUCUCCUCAGGAUGAUAAGUUCAAGGACAUUGGGAAAGGCUCACCACUUGCUUUGGAGAGCUUGGAUUCCAGAGGCCUCUAUAUUUAUGAUGAUGGUUUUCGGUUUGUUAUAUGGUUUGGCAAAAUGCUUUCACCUGAUAUAACUAGGAAUCUAUUUGGGGAAGACUUUGCUACAGACUACUCAAAACAAACCAGUGCUUAUAACAUAAUAGCCAUAGCAGGAAUUGCGAUAGAGAAAAGUCUGUCUUCGAAACUGGAGGAAGCUAGGAACUCGAUUCAACUAAGGAUCGUCAAAGCCCUCAGAGAAUAUCGUAAUCUAUAUGCUGUACAGCAUCGCUUAGGGGGCAGGAUGAUAUAUCCAGAAUCACUUAAGUUCUUGCCUUUGUAUGGAUUGGCAAUAUGUAAAUCAACUGCCCUACGUGGUGGAUAUGCUGAUGCACAGCUUGAUGAACGCAGUGCUGUUGGACACACCAUCAUGGCUUUACCUGUUAAAAGAUUGUUAAAUCUUCUAUAUCCAAAUUUGAUUAGGAUAGAUGAGUACCUUAUAACAACAUCUCCUCAGGAUGAUAAGUUCAAGGACAUUGGGAAAGGCUCACCACUUGCUUUGGAGAGCUUGGAUUCCAGAGGCCUCUAUAUUUAUGAUGAUGGUUUUCGGUUUGUUAUAUGGUUUGGCAAAAUGCUUUCACCUGAUAUAACUAGGAAUCUAUUUGGGGAAGACUUUGCUACAGACUACUCAAAAAUUAGCCUUUAUGAACGUGACCAUGAAAUGUCGAGAAAAAUGAUGACGAUACUUAAGAAAUUUAGGGGGAGUGACCCAUCAUAUUAUCAGCUUUGUCAUCUUGUGCGACAAGGUGAACAGCCGAGAGAAGGUUUCUUUCUACUUGCAAACCUUGUUGAGGACAAUGUUAGUGGUACAAAUGGCUAUGCUGAUUGGAUUAUGCAAAUAAACCGACUAGUCCAACAAAAUGCAUGAUACACAGAGGGAUUGUCAUUGUCUUGUUCCCUUUUUCCCAUCUGGGCAAUUUAGUGUUUCAGUCAGAGCAUAAUUUGAAUUCAGCCGCCGGCUUGCCUGAAAAUAGAGAGUUGAUUUGGUUGGAUGGAGAGGUCGUUGAAGCAUCUAAUUUAUUUGUGACGAGGAUUGUGUGGUUCUUCCUUGCAUAAUUCUUCUUUUAUUGCUUCACUGUUGAGUUGCGAGACAGAACAUUCUUCGGCGUGUCUGGUGUUUUUUUUGUGGAGGGGGGAGGGGUUGAAUGUGGAGGACAUGCUUCCUUUGGUUGAUCCUGUGCUCAAGGAGAGAGAAAAAUAGAAGGGUCUUUGAAGGGAAGGAACUUCCCAUUGUUAAGGUUAAAAGUUGGUGUAUCUUUUUUGUUUAAUUUCGUUUUUGUCAUUUUCUUCUCUCUCUCUCACAUGGCUUGGGACGUUGUGUUGUAAGAAGGCAACUCGUUCCUCUUUUGAUUCGAUCGAUUCUAUUGGGGUUUUGUAUUUGGGAGCAUCCAACUAAUCCGGGCAAUUAUAGGAAUAAAUUUUUAGAAUGUAAUAUCAAAUUGUUGUCAUUUUCAGUUCAUCAGCAUGGCAUUCAACUUUCUUGUUUUGG